AUGUCAUCAAUCAUUUCAAUUUCACUUUAUUGGAUGAUUACAAUACGUCUUAUUCAAUUAAUUAUAUUUUCACCUAAUGAAAUACAUUCAUUUCGUAUAUAUGCAUUCAAGUUUCUUUGGUUUUUUAUUCCUAUUGUACCUUGUCAGUCAAAAAAUUCAAUUAGUUUUUAUCUUUUUUCAGCUAGUAUUAAAAUGUUAUUAUAUCAUUGGAUUUUUCAAUGGUUAAGUAAUUGUGAACCAAAUGAUAGUUAUGGUAGAUUGAUGAUGUUCUAUAUAAAUAUUUGUACAGGAACAUUUCUUAAUGAUAUACAAAUUGUUUUGGUUAGAUUACUUACGUUAAAUAAAUAUAGCCUUUUAGAAUUUAAUAAUUAUCCAUUUUUAUCAAAAUCUAUUCGUGAAUUUUGGGGUCGUCGUUAUAAUCGUCUUGUUGGUACACUUCUUAAAGAAGCUAUUUUUGAUCCUGUUCGUCGUUUGCCAUAUUCUUCAUCAACGAUUGGAGCUUUAGCAAGUUUUAUUAUGAGUGGUCUACUUCAUGCACAUGUUGCUGUUGCUGGAUUUGGUGCAUCAUCUCCAUUACCAUCAUUUUUAUUUUUUCUUUUACAAGCAAUUGCUUGUUGGGUAGAAAUUAUGUGUCCAUUUACACCACCUAAACUAUUAGGAAUUUUAUUAACACAUGGAUUUCUUCUUAUAACAGCACCUCUUUAUGUGGGGUUAUUUACACGUGCUGGUCCUGAAUUCUAUAGAUUUAAUAAGCCAUUACUAUUUGAUGCCACAUGGUUUCCUAAAUUACCUGUACCAAAUUUCUGUCCAAAAUAA